UCACAACUCCUCGUGCUUUUCACCGUGUGAAACCAAAUAACACUCAAUAGAAGAGAAAGUUGAAGUUUGAUUACUUUUUUAAAGUUCGGAUGUGAUAAUGAUAUCAAAUUCAGUGUCGGGAAGCUUUAAAAAAAGUUGUCCACCUGUCGACUCAACAACGGUCACUCAGAAUAAGAACAAGAAAUUGAAAUCGCGACACAGGAAAGCAAGAAAGGUUACUACUCCAUCUGAAGCAGUUGUGAAAAUUCCAACUUCGAAAACUGAAGCGUCUACCAAUUGGAAACUUUUGUUGAGCAAAAAGUCUGCAGAAAUAUCGGCCAAAAAAGCAGGAAGCGUGAGACCGGUGAAACCACAGUUUUUGCGCCGUGACGUUAAGAAGCAUAAAAAGCAAAUGGAACAAAAACAAUCUGGAGAAGGAAGUGGGACCAGUAGUUCAUUGACAACAGACAGUUCCGUUUCAAAUGCUGCUGCUCUAGAACAAGCAAUUAAAUCUACAGAUAAGAUGCACAUCACAAUUCCUUCAACUGGUAGCUGCUCGAGCACUGAAGGUGAGACGAGGGUUGCGCCCAUGAAACAAAAGGAUGGACACGUCUCGUUUCCCAAGCUUACUGGACUGAACUCUUUGGGAUGUUUUGAUUAUACCCACUACGGUCACUUGAAGACACCCGUAUCACCAGAACACGAAUUUUUGACGAGACCAACACCAGCGUUGGCGAUCGAUUGUGAAAUGGUUGGUGUUGGGACUUUGAAAGAAGAUGCCUUAGCACGAGUUUCCAUUGUGAAUGAAUUUGGAUAUUGCCUUUAUGAUAAAUUUGUAAAGCCAAAGUUGCCAGUCACUGACUAUCGUACAGAAUUUAGUGGGGUACGGGAGGAGGACCUUAAAAAUGCGGAGGAUUUUCUAAAGUGCUUGCAAAGCGUCGCAGAGCUCAUUAAAGGAAGAACUCUUAUUGGACAUUCGCUAAAAUCCGAUUUUGACGUUCUUCUUUUAAAGCACCCCAAAGCGAAAAUAAGAGAUACUUCGUUCUACUAUCGGAAAAAAUUCAAAAGAUUGAAAACCCCUUCAUUGAAAUCAUUGGUUAAGGACCAUCUAAAAGUGGAAAUUCAGAAGGGAGAACACAAUUCAAUAACAGAUGCCCAAGCUGCUAUGAAACUAUACCUAAUUGCACGAGAUGAAUGGGAAACUUCCUGCAGCGACAAGUAUAACUAUCGAGUUCAUCAAUAUUGGAUGGGAAAAGAAUAUCGGAAAGCGUUUCAAGCGAUGGGAUUUGUAAUUCAAAUAAAGAAGAAAGAACGGAAAUAAAAAUAUUUUAAAAAUAUAUCCAUUCUAUUUUUCAUUAUGUGACUCCACGUAAUGGAAAUAAAUUGAAUUAGUUUUGUAAGGCAUAUUUAAAUAUGAAUCUGCACUAUCUUUACGCAUAUACGUAGAGCGAUGCUUUAAAGAUGAUGAUGUAAUUUUACUCGGUAACUUUACUAUGUUAGACAAUUAUUUAAUCCAUAUCAUCGAAUUUGGCGAAUAAAAAUGGUUAUAUUUCCUAUAAUUUAUUGUUCCUUGAA